UAACUCUAAACUGAAAAACAAUAGUAUGUCAUGACGUAAUUGUGUGGAUUGGUAUGAAAAAUGGCGGAACGGUGUAAUCGGUGUGUUGGUGACCAUCGGCACAUUCGCCGUGAACUACUCAAGUGGCAUAAAAAUGUUGCCCAACUGUGCGGAAUGGAAAGAGUGGCUCAAGAAUUAAUGGGAAGCAAAAAAUGGAGAAAAUUAAUGACUCCUUUCAAUGGUUUGGAACAAAUAGAUCCACAAGACUGGAGUCCAUAUGAAACGUGUUGUUUAUGUGAAACCAAAUUACAAUCACAAUAUGAAUCGACAGAUAGUGUUGUCCCGCCCUGUGAUCAGUCAUUAGAUGAUCAGACAUCUGAUGACACCAAACAUGGAGACAAAUGCUCACAAUGUGCCGGCCUUUCGACACCAAACUCCAAGUGCUUGUGUAAGUCAUCUCAUUCAUCGCAUCCAAUCGACCAACCAUUAGAUCUCAGCAUUCAUUCAAGACAUAAGGGAUCAACCAAUGGUGACUUAAAUUCCAAGAAAGCCACUCAUAAACGUGAUAUCAAUAAUUCAAUUAUUAAAGUACCGAAACCAUUAACAAAUACUACCACAACUACCAUCAACACCAACACCAAAGCCAUUAAACGAAAUCGUUUGACAACAAACACGACUUGGAAGAGAACCUAUUCCGAGGAGGAAUUGGAAGCAGCGCUUAAUGAUAUACAAAGUGGUAAAUUAGGUACCAGAAGAGCGGCUGUUAUUUAUGGCAUUCCUCGAUCUACUCUACGAAAUAAAGUAUAUAAAUUAGCUCUUGAAAAGUCAAAUAAUGGUAAACGAAAAGUGAGUCCAACCUCUACCACCACAACAACCAUCAAAAGUAACAAUACAUCUAAUUCUGUAAACAAAAAGCUAUCGAAAUCAUUGCUUAUUAAUAACAAUAAGAGUAAUAAUAAUAAUAGUAAUAAAAGUGCUAAUCAUAUGAAUUCAACGCUCAAUCAUUCAGUGGAUGAAAUAGAUAACAGUGCGAUGUCUGCCAGUGAAUCACUGAAACAGAUCCUCAAGAAUGCUAUAACACAAAGAGCUAACACAAACGAUAUAAUUAAUAAAAAUAAAACAAAUGAUAUAAACUCUGGAGGCAUAGGACAGGCAUUAAAUAAUUAUAUACCGGGCGUUGGAUUCAAUUCAUUGACCGAUUUGUACAAUUGUGAGGCCUUAGCGACCAUCCAAAUGUUGUCUACACUCGAGUGCGGACAGGCAUUGGCGCCACUGUUCACACAAUUCUUGUUAAAUAUACAUCAGUUAGCUUUGGCUAAUCGUCAGUCGGGUACUAACAGCGAUGACAUCAAUUCAUUAUUCAAUCCAAAUAUACCAUUAUUACCUGAAUUGAUCCAAAAGUUAGCUGAAGACCAGAUCGUACAGACGGCGAGAACCAAUUCGAGCCAAACAUUAAACCUAUUAAAUGGUGAUAAAAGUGAAUUACAAGAUAAACAACAAGAAGAAAUCAGUGGUACCGGUAAUAAUAAUGUGAUACUAAAGGUUCCGUCCUAUAAACCUAAGAGCACCACAUCUGCUGCUGUCACUGGAACUGAAGUUAAACAAUCAAAUGAAGAGCAGCCAAACAAUGGGAACAGUAGUGAUACGGAAGUCGUGAACGCAUUGAAUACCUCUUCUAGUCAUACGGAAAGUGAUGAACGAAUUAAUGAUGAGUUCGAGAGUAAGAGUAUCUCUAUGAAGGACAUCAUCGCUAAGAGUAUUAGUCAACGAUUGUAUAAUUCAACCACAAAUGCAAAGUUCUCAACGUUUGCCAACUCUGAAGAUUCGAGUUCUGACGCCUUAGUCAGUGAUGACAAGUCCGACAAAUUUGAGACAUUUAUGCCUUCAGACCUCAAAAAUAGCGGAAAUAUUAGUGAUCACAGCAACCCAUCGACACCAGAGAAAAGAAAUCGACCGAAAAGAGGUCGAUAUAGAAAUUAUAAUAGAGAUGACUUGGCUAAGGCUGUUAAGGCUGUCCAAAGAGGAGAGAUGAGUGUCCACAGAGCGGGAACUUUGUUUGGAGUUCCGCACUCAACACUUGAAUAUAAAGUCAAGGAAAGACAUUUGCUUAGACCUAAAAAGCGAUUGAAUGACUCCAAUGCUAACAUUAAGAAAGAUGGUAUUAACAAAACUAAUGGCAAUAUCAAUAAUCGCUUGAUUAAUGGCUCAACAAGUGUUCCAACAAACAACUCAACCAAUCUAUCAGUGAACCGACCCCUAUGGCAAUCGGCCUUUCCAUUACUUCCGGUUGAGAUGAACACAUCCACUCAAAACAGUGCAAACUUUUUUGCAUCAAAUAUGAUCAGAAAACUACAGGAAAAUGCACGACUUAAUGAAGAAAUGGUCAAAACUGUCAGCGAAACAAAUAGCGAUUUAAGUGGAGGUCUUAUCAAUAGUCUUAUAAAGUCAUCGCUUGUGAACAAGGCAUUAGCCAAACAAAAAUUAAAUGAUAAUAACGACGACAACAAUAACAACGAAGAAGAUGAAGAAGAAGAAAACGACGACGAAGAAGAAGAAGAAGACGAUAAUAAUAGUAAUAAUAAUAACGACAAUGAAGUAGUGAACACAUCACUGGAACUGUUAAAAGAAGUGUCAGCUCUGAAGAAGCAAGACUGAGUACUUUGCUUAUAUAGACAGUGAAUAUAAAUAAUAAUUAAUUUAAUAGAUAACUGUUUUAUUGAUUAAUUUAAUUGUGAAUAAGUGCCGCAAAUACCGCAUAUAAUUAAUAUAUGAUAUAAAUUCCGAUAUUCGGAAAAAUGGGUGCCUUUAGCACAUCAGUUACGGCCACACAAACAAUAUAUAUAUAAAUAUAUAUAACAAAACAAAUUGCGAUCUCUAGUCUAUUGAUAUAAUAAUUGAUGAUAAUAUAGAUUAAAUAAUUUUAAUUGAAAAAAUUUAUAAUAUAAUGUUAACGCUAUGUUAUACUCUAUAUCUUUGUCUCUCAGCUGUGAUGCUAUUAAUAGUGUUAUAAUUAGAGUUUGCUUUUUUCGGUCCAAAAUGAAUGGCAGAAAAUUUAGGAUAAAAUUGAUUUUUAAAAACAAAAAUACAGGAAUAAUGGAAUACAGGGUCCACUAUAUAUACUGCACUUCUAUUAUAGGAUUGACAGUUAUAUUCAUUAAAAACGAUUAUUAUUAUUAUUAUUACUAUAUAUUAGUACAGUAUGACUAUUAAUGAAUAUAUUUUUGAAUUACGAUAAUUAAGGGCACAAAUCUCAUUAACACAUCACCAGAAAAUUGUGUUUUACAACAUAUCGUUAAUUAUAUAAUAAUAAUUCAAGAAAAACAAAAAAUAAGUUUUAAUAAUAUUUCUAUAAAUUCUACAGAUA